GCCACCGUACAUAAAGUGUUAGGGUUGGCGACCGGACUAGCCGAGGCGAUACUGUCGUUCUGCUGCGGCGCUUGAUUUGAUUGAAGUCACAUUGCUCCUCGAUCAUGGCGGAACAGACUGAAAAGGCAUUCCUCAAGCAGCCAAAGGUGUUUCUUUGCUCGAAGAAAUCUGGAAAGGGGAAGAGACCUGGCAAGGGUGGCAACAGAUUUUGGAAAAGCAUUGGACUUGGAUUCAAGACCCCAAGAGAAGCCAUUGAAGGGACUUAUAUUGAUAAGAAAUGCCCAUUCACUGGAAAUGUGUCAAUUAGGGGCUGCAUAUUAGCUGGUACAUGCCACAGUGCCAAGAUGAACAGAACCAUUAUUGUACGCAGAAACUAUCUUCACUAUGUGAAGAAAUAUCAAAGGUAUGAGAAGAGGCACUCAAAUAUACCUGCACAUAUUUCUCCCUGCUUCCGUGUGAAGGAAGGUGACCAUGUUAUCAUAGGCCAGUGCAGGCCCCUGGCAAAGACUGUGACGUUCAAUGUGUUGAAAGUCAUUCCAGCUGGAUCAACAAGCGGAGGUGGGAAGAAGGCUUUUGCAGCAGUUUGAAGUGUGAGGGUCUCAGGCAUUUUGGAGGACUAAGAGGCUGGAUUUAUAAAGAUUUCUACAUGGGAUGCAUUAAAAUGUUUUAAGAAUCCUCUAUUAGGUUAUCUUGGUUCAGUUCUAUAACUAUUUUCUUUCAAGCUUUUUGCUGUUACCAUGGAUGCAUGAUUGUUUAUACUUCUUUGAACAAUUCAAAAUUCUUAAUUCUGAUC